ACAUGAGUAAUGCCGCAUGGAAGCUGCUGCACCCUAGCCUGGAGCGGAGCUACCACAUCCAAGGGAGGCAGAGCAAAUGAUGCUGCCUGUCCCGUCCCCUCCCCGCCGUCUCCGUCGCUACCUCGCUCGCCACCGUGUCCGCCAUAACUGCCCCCGUCCUCUCCCUCUGCGCCUCUGACACCACACAUCGCCAUCCUCCCCGCCUUGACCCCAACUAACGGCGCAGCUCGUCUAGCCGUCAGCUCUCCGCCGGCAUCGUUUGCUUCACUAGUGCACUACACGUCGGCUCACUUCGAUCGAUUCGAGAUGCUCAUUCCCUCCUCCACCACCACGGCCACCUCCGGCUCCUCCCUUUUAUUCCCACCUCUCGCUCGCCACCACGCCGCAACCGCAGCCACAAUGCCGCCCAUCCUCCUCCUCCUCCUCGUUCUCAUCUCCGCGCACGCCUCCGGCUCGUCGGAGCGGGACGUGUACGCGCUGGGCAAGCUCAAGGCCGCGCUCGUCCCCGCCACCUCAGGCCCCCCCUCCCCCGCGCUCGCCGACUGGGACCCGGCCGCCUCCCCGCCCACGCACUGCUCCUUCUCGGGCGUGUCCUGCGACGCGUCCACCUCCCGCGUCGUCGCGAUCAACCUCACCGCGGUCCCGCUGCACGGGGGCUCCCUGCCGCCCGAGGUCGCGCUCCUCGACGCGCUCGCCAACCUCACCGUCGCCGCAUGCUCGCUGCCCGGCCGCGUCCCAGCGUCGCUCGCCGCGAUGCCCGCGCUCCGCCACCUCAACCUCUCCAACAACAACCUCACCGGCCCGUUCCCCGCGCCGGCCGCCGCGGGGGGCGAGCCUUACUUCCCGUUGCUUGAGCUCGUCGACGCCUACAACAACAACUUCUCCGGUCCGCUCCCGCGCUUCGGCGCCGCGCACGCGCGCCUCCGCUACCUCCACCUCGGCGGGAACUACUUCUCCGGUGCCAUACCGGAGAGCUACGCUGACAUCGCGGCGCUAGAGUACCUCGGCCUCAACGGCAACACGCUCUCCGGCCACGUGCCCGCCUCGCUCGCGCGCCUCAAGCGCCUGCGGGAGAUGUACAUCGGCUACUACAACCAGUACGACGGCGGCGUCCCGCCCGAGUUCGGCGACCUCGAGUCUCUGGUCCGGCUUGACAUGAGCAGCUGCAACCUCACUGGCCCCAUCCCGCCGGAGCUCGGCCGGCUCGUGCGGCUCGACACGCUCUUCCUGCUCAUGAACCGCCUCUCCGGAGAGAUACCCCCGGAACUGGGUGAUCUCAAGAAUCUUCAGUCGCUCGACCUUUCCAUCAACGAGCUCACCGGCGAGAUACCGGCGAGUCUGGCCAACCUCACCAACCUCAAGCUGCUAAACCUGUUCCGGAACCACCUCCGCGGCGGCAUACCGGAGUUUGUGGGCGAUUUCGCGCAUCUGGAGGUGCUGCAGCUGUGGGAGAACAACCUCACGGGCAACCUCCCGGCCGCACUCGGAAAGAACGGCCGGCUCAAGAAGUUGGACGUGGCCACCAACCACCUCACCGGCCCAAUACCGCCGGACCUGUGCUCCGGCCUGAAGCUGGAAUUACUCGUGCUCAUGGAGAACGGCCUGUUCGGGCCCAUUCCCCAGUCGCUUGGCGACUGCAGGACGCUCACCCGCGUCCGCCUCGGCAAGAACUUCCUGAGCGGCACCGUGCCGGCUGGCCUCUUCGACCUCCCCCAGACGGACAUGCUGGAGCUCAGCGACAACCUACUCACCGGCGAGCUCCCGGACGUGAUCAGCGGCGAUAAAAUCGGCAUGCUGAUGCUGGGGAACAAUGGAAUCGGUGGCCGGAUUCCUCCGUCCAUUGGCAACCUCCCUGCGCUGCAGACCUUAUCACUGGAGUCCAACAAUUUCUCCGGCGCAUUGCCGCCGGAGAUCGGCAGGCUCAGGAACCUCACCAGGCUUAACAUCAGUGGCAACUCGCUUACCGGCGCCAUCCCGCGGGAGCUCAUGGGCUGCGGAUCCCUCUCCGCCAUCGACCUCAGCCGCAAUGACCUCUCCGGUGGGAUACCAGACACCAUCACGUCGCUGAAGAUCCUAUGCACGCUGAACGUGUCAAGGAACAGGCUUUCCGGCGAGCUGCCGUCGGAUAUGUCCAACAUGACGAGCCUCACCACGCUCGACGUCUCCUACAACCUGCUGUCCGGCCCUGUGCCGAUGCAGGGCCAGCUCUUGGUGUUCAACGAGAGCUCGUUCGUCGGCAACCCCGGCCUGUGUGGUGGACCUUUCGCCGACGCUUGUUCUCCUUCGGCUGUCGGGGCGGGCUCGCCCUUCUCCUUGCGGCGGUGGGACUCCAAGAAGAUGCUGGUGUGGCUCGUGGUCAUGUUUGCCUUAUUGAUUAUCGCGUUCUUUGGCGCGAGGAAGGGGUGCGAGGCAUGGCGGGAGGCGGCGAGGAGGCGGUCAGGCGCCUGGAAGAUGACGGCGUUCCAGAAGCUCGACUUCUCGGCUGUCGACGUGGUCGAGAGUCUCAAGGAGGACAACAUCAUCGGCAAGGGAGGCGCGGGUAUCGUGUACCAUGGCGUGACACAUAGCGGCACCGAGCUGGCGAUCAAGCGCCUCGUGGGUCGAGGCUGCGGCGACCACGACCGCGGGUUCACGGCCGAGGUGACCACGCUCGGGCGCAUCCGCCACCGCAACAUCGUGCGGCUACUCGGCUUCGUCUCCAAUAGGGAGACCAACCUGCUGCUCUACGAGUACAUGCCCAACGGGUCGCUCGGCGAGAUGCUGCACGGCGGCAAGGGCGGCCACCUCGGGUGGGAGGCGAGGGCGCGCAUUGCGGCGGAGGCGGCGUGCGGCCUGUGCUAUCUGCACCACGACUGCGCCCCGAGGAUCAUUCACCGCGACGUCAAGUCCAACAACAUCCUGCUGGACUCCGCGUUCGAGGCGCACGUUGCUGACUUCGGCCUUGCAAAGUUCCUUGGCGGCGGAGGCGGCGGCGCCACGUCGGAGUGCAUGUCAGCUAUCGCCGGUUCCUACGGCUACAUCGCACCAGAGUAUGCGUAUACCCUCAGGGUGGAUGAGAAGAGCGACGUCUACAGCUUCGGCGUGGUGCUGCUGGAGCUGAUCACGGGACGCCGCCCCGUCGGCAGCUUCGGCGACGGCGUGGACAUCGUCCACUGGGUCCGGAAGGUGACCACAGAGCUCCCGGAUACGUCCGACACCGCGGCCGUCCUCGCCGUGGCCGACCGCCGCCUGACUCCAGAGCCGGUGGGGCUGAUCGUCGACCUGUACAAGGUGGCGGUGGCGUGCGUGGAGGAGGCGAGCACGGCUCGGCCGACUAUGCGCGAGGUCGUGCACAUGCUCUCCAACUCCGCCGCGGCCCAGCCCAACGACCUCCACACCUUCUGAACUUUCCGAAGCGUGUUCACUUGCUCUGCUCUGCCCUGCCCUGCCCUAACCUUCUGAUUAAUGGUAUGAUUUUGGUUUGCCUGGUGCGUUUUGUCGUGUCUAUCAUCGACUUGUAUAAUAAAUAACUGCAAGGUGAAGGUUGCGUUCUUGUUGCAAUGUGUAGCGGAACGAAUAUGAGCAUAUUGUAAAGUUGAAGUUGAAAUAUCUCAAUCUCUAUCUCUUUCUCGAAA